GAGAGAGAGAGAGAGAGAGAGAGAGAGAGAGAGAGAGAAAGAAAGAUAGAAGCAGUUCGAGGAAAGCCGGAGUACAAAAGUGGGAAGGCAGUAAAAGAAAGGCAGGGGAGUACUUGUUCUGAUCUUAUAAUAGUUUAGAAUAAAUGGACAGUUCUGCAAUGGCCAGUGAGGUGAAUGGACAAAAGAACAUGGAUGCCACAGGAGAAUCCCAUGAGGAAGACAAACAUAGUGAGGAGGACACAGAGCCUUUGAAUGUCACGGCAGGCAGGACUAAUGAGGAGAGCGGAGAAGAAGAGCCAAAUCCACAAGCCAUCAAGAAAGAAAGUGAAGGUGAGGAUAAUGGGAACGAAGAUGGAGUGAAAGAGAUUGAGACACAAGCAGAAAAGAAAGAGAGUGAUAAAAAGGAGAAGGCAAUAAACACAAAUGAAACAGGAAAUGAAGAAGACGUCAGUGAGAAUACAGAGAAUGUUAUUGAACAGGAACACGGAAAAGGGAGCAGUGAAGCUGAAAUGAAACCUGAUGAAAAGUGUAUAAAAGAAGUUAAAAACGAGGAAGAGAAAAUUGCCGAGUCUGAAAACCUGGCUCCAAAGGCAGCAGGGACCGAAAUCAAGGUCAAAAAUGAAGCAAAGGCUGAGGUAAAGAAAGCAAGCACCAGAGAUAAACAAGAGAAGGCUAAAGGAAAGAGUGGAGUUGCACCUUCCUCCUCUGUCCCCAGAACUUCCAUGCAGUUGUCUUCUCGCCAGCGCGGUGCCAGGCCUUCAGCCAGAAGAGACGCCAUGGCAAAGUUUCAACAAGAUUCGACUCCAGCGGUUCGCAACUUUAAGGUACAGAAGACAUCUACGGGCAUGUCUGUUGGGACAUCAAUCAAACAGAAAAUCCUCCACUGGUGUAGCAGCAAAACACGGGGCUAUGAGGGUGUUUCCAUAGAGAACUUUUCCUCGUCCUGGAGCGACGGCCUGGCCUUCUGUGCACUCGUUCACCGCUUCUUCCCCUCUGCCUUUGACUUCUCGUCUCUGAAAGCCAGCGAGAGAGAGAAGAACUUCACUCUGGCCUUCAGCAUGGCAGAAUCACUUGCUGGCUGCUGCCCUCUUUUGGAUGUGUCAGAUAUGGUACUAAUGGGGAAAAAACCAGACCCUUUCAGCGUAUUCACCUACGUCCAAUCCCUCUGCCAGCACCUCUCCAAAAUUGAGCAAGAGAGAAGGGAGCAAAAGAAGGCAGAGGAAAGCAAGAAACAGGGUGAGGCUGAAAACAAGGCCGAACAAGGAGAUGAAGCAGGGGGCACAGAAGAAAAUGUGGAGCAAGAGAAUACUGUGGAAGAAGAUGAACAAGAAGGAGAGGGGACUGCAGAUGAAGAAAAAGGUGGCACUGAGGAAGAAAGCAGCACACAGGUGGAGACAAAUCAAACUAAAGAUGAGGCAAACACAGACUCAGCAGCUGAGAGCUUGAUGUAAAUAAGUAAAUAGAGAAAUACACUUCACAAGAUUGCUAUACGAUUUUUCUCACAGUAUUAAUCAUUUGAUUAUGAAUGUUUUUCAAAGAGUGCUGACUGUUUUAAUCUGCUUAGCUGUAUUAUCUACUCUAUGUAAAAUGUGUUAUUCUGACCUUUAAUGAUAUAAUG